AUGAAUGAUGCAUGGAUGCAUGGGCCGACGACUUUCAGGCACGGAAGCGAAGCACCGAAGCCAGGCGAAGGAAGAAACUGCCAGCGCAUCGCUCGCAUUACCCUUACAGAGACAUGGAUCCGCAACCAAAGGUAG